GAGGGGGCGUCUGUCCCUGGUGAAGUCUGCCACCACCUAGAAAGGUGCAAAGAUUUUUGAUCUUUGCACCAGUCCACCAGAUGUUCAACCUCCUCUCUGUACUCAGACUCGUGGCUGUUGGCGAUGUGUCCCACCACUGCUGUGUCACCCACAAACUUCACUAUACGACAGCUCGGCAAUUUUGCUGAGCAGUCAUAGGUCAGGAGGUGGCUCCGCACAUAGCCCUGUGGAGAGUCAGUGCUGAGGAUGAUGGAGGAGGACACUGUGUUGUGGAUCCUGAUUCAAGGACUUUAAGUGUCAUAAACAUAAAUUUAUACACAAAAAGGGGCAAAGAUCAAAAACUUCAUCGACGUCACGAUGGACCCUCACCGAUACGCCUGCAGGAGGAAGCGCUCCAUUGAGGAUGCUGUCUCAUCAGCGGUCCACACAGCCUUCACACACCAGGGGCCUCAUGUACAAAGACUUGCGUGGAUUUCCUCCUGAAACAUGGCGCACGCUCUAAUCCCGAAAACGAUUUGAAGUCAUCCUGCUGGAAUCUACCACAACCUUCCCAGCCUUUAUCCGCCACAUCAUCCUGCGCUCCUGGAAGCAUUCUUCUGGGAUCAUCUGCCGCUCUAUUGUCAUGGCAGCAGGAUCUCUUUGUGGACACGCCGGUUGAUCAUCUGGCUCACAUUGAAGUGGAAAACGCACAGUUUGUUGUUUGGGUUUGAAAUUUAGCUUUCGUGAUGCCAGUCCUGGAACUUUUCGACACAGCUGGUAGCUAUUUCCAAAAACUAAUUACCUUUCAUCUACUCACAAAUUUUGUUUGCAGACUUGAAGAUUUGUUUGCGGUCUCUUGGGUGUUGAUAAUUUAUGACAACUUCUUAGGUAAAUAUGCAAUGAGAAAUGUGUUUGUAUGUGCCCUGCGAUUGGCUGGCGACCGGUUCAGGGUGUAGCCCGCCUCUCGCCCGACGAUAGCUGGGAAAGGCUCCGGCGUGAGGAGAAGCGGCUCAGAUAAUGGAUGGAUGAAUAUUUCGUCAUAAAUCCUAAUCCCCAUGUUUCGAAAUCCACGUUGCUAAGUGAAGAUACAGAUGUGGUUUAAGUGACAUCCUGGGCCGCCUGCCGAUGAGCAAACCGACAACUCCAAUCCGCUAGAUGGCGGCGUUACACCUCUCAAUAUUGGUUGUGAGCCACUAACGACGCGCGAGGAAGACGCAGAGCGGCGUGUUGAGUAAGAUGGGUGCGCGGCUUGUACGCUUGGUGAGAAAUGUCAACCUCGAUAACAGAGUUCGGCGAGAAAUCUCCAAAGACAAGCCUCGGUGUGCACCGAGGCACAAGUUGACUCACGAUGAAGCAAUUCCCUUUCCGCCAGAAGCGAUGUCGGACGCGGUCCACCAGAAGAGCGAGCCUCUAUUGUUCAAUUUGAAGACGGUGUUUGUGGACUCGAAAGAUCGAGCAGCAGCAAGCGUGAAGUCACUAAAGGAGGCCUGUGUGGACAAAGAGGCAAAGACCCGUCCGAUGAAGUUCACUCUUCCAGGCGACUCGCAUGGCCUUGCAACUCUAACAAGCGUUCCUCACGGCAAACUGACCAUCGCCGAGGCUCUCAAGGCCCUCAGCAGCCACCGCAAUCAGCCUCAAACAUGGACAUCACAGAGGAUUUCAGAAGAAUAUUCUCUGAAUUUGAAUGAAACAAACUCUUUUCUUGAGUUUUUCAUCCCCUUUCAAAUUCAGAUUAUCCCACCCCAGAUUACAAAUGUUAAACAAUUGAAGGCUUCAUAGGAACGCAUGGCAAAUGACAAAAUACAUGAUGUAUAGUAUAUCGUGCAUUGGUUUGGGACAAGUUUGUUUGACCAGUACAUAGAAACUGAUUGAUUAUUAUCUUUUUCUGUCAGGCACCGCCACAUAGUUAUCUUUUCAGAUACAAAUUUAUCAAUUUAACAAAAUAAAAUAGAGUGAAACUGGUGUACAAGAAAAUAUUACAAUAUUGACAUUCAAGAGAUAAAUUAAUCAUCAGAAAGCUGAACUAUUUUUCUGUAGUAUAUUAACGUACAUUGGAACCUUAGUUCGUUCAUUUGUUCCGGGACUUCAAAUGUUCCCAAACUGAAACAGUUUUUACCCAAUAAAACCUUGGUUCAUUCAUUCGUUCCAGGACUUCGAAUGUUCAUAAACUGAAAGAAUUUUUCCGCAUUAAAAUAAAUAAAAAUAGAAUUACUGUAAUUUCUUGUGCACCCGUGUAUAAUACACACCACCAAAGUUGAACACAAAAUUCCCCUCAAAAUCCCUUCUACCGAUGUAUAAUGCAUUUUUACAAUGUAUGGUUUUGCUUCUACCUAUUUUGAUCAAACCGAAGUAUUAUCAGUAUUUUUUGUUUUUUCAAAGAAUUCUGAAGUUAAGCACUUUAUUUGAACAUGUAAUACUUUUUUUAUUUACUUGCUCUUAUUUUGAAAUUCACAGCCCUACCCUUAUUUAUUAAAUGAGAAAACACA